UUGCUGUGACAAGUGAGGAUGACGGCGGGGCGCAAACAACCCAGUACCUCAUCCUGCAGGGGCCAGAUGAUGGUGCCCCAGUGAUUUCCCAGGUGGCCAGCUCUACUCUGGCCCACAGCUUGGCUGCAGAAACCCUGGCGGAUGGCCCCACCUCCACUUGCAUGGAGCACCCGGUCCCCCUGGAGCCGCCUAUGCAUUUGGACCAGACCGGAGAGCCAGACCUGGAGAGCCUGGAGGAGCUGAUGGAGGUGGUGGUGGUUCAGCAGUUCAAGUGCAAGAUGUGCCAGUACAAGAGCGCCUCCAAGCAGACCCUCAUCCACCACAUGCGGGAACGGCACUUCCAGACAGCAUCAGCCACCGGCCUGAAAAAGGGACGCCCAUGUAAGAGAGUUCUUGUGGCAAAGAUGCUGGAGAAAGUGCAGGAGGAGGAAGAAGAGGAGGACGACAUUGUGGACGCAGGAGCUAUUGAUGACCCCAAAGGUGACAGUGACUACAACCCAGCUGAGGACGAGCCCCGAGGACGUCUGCCCAAGCUCAGCCACCCCCUUCCCACCUCCAGCGAGGAGCCACUGCGUCGGCGCCCAGGGAGGCCCCGAAAAUUUCCUCGCCUGGAGGUCCUCCCUCAGCAGGAGGGUGGCGAAAGGGAGCCGGUGGUCUCAUCCCAGUGUGCCCCCCAGGAAGGCCUGCGGGGCCCUGAGGCAGCCACCUCUUCUGAUCCAGGGCCUUUGGGUGGCGAAAGCCCUGCAGAGCCUGUGGUGAGCCAGUCUGACUCAGAGAACAGGGACCCUGCUACCCGACAGGAGCCUGAUGUUGUGCCCCGGCGGCGCGGCCGGCCCUCCCACCGUUUCCUGGGCAAGAAAUACCGCAAAUACUUGGGACGAAGGUACUGCUAUAAGUCAGCCAAGCCUCUGAUGCGCCCCUUCCUGUGCCGGAUCUGUGGCUCCCGGUUCCUCACGCAGGACGACCUGCGCUUCCAUGUCAACUCCCACGAGGCAGGAGACCCCCAGCUCUUCCGCUGCCUGCAGUGCAGCUACCGCUGCCGGCGAUGGUCAUCUCUGAAGGAGCAUAUGUUCAACCACGUGGGGAGGAAGCCCUACAAGUGUGAUGAGUGUGACUACACCAGCGUUUACAAGAAGGACGUCAUCCGUCAUUCUGCGGUGCACAAUCGUGACAAGAAGAAGCGAGUUGAUCUGCCCCCCAAGCGGAGCUCCUUCCCUUGCCCCAUCUGCGACCGCAUCUAUUCAAUGCAAAAGAGGCUCACCCAGCACAUGAAGACACACAGCAGUGAGAAGCCCCACAUGUGUGACAAGUGUGGGAAGUCCUUCAAGAAACGCUACACCUUCAAGAUGCACCUGCUGACCCACAUCCAGGCUGUUGCAAACCGCAGGUUCAAGUGCGAAUUCUGUGACCAUGUCUGUGAGGACAAGAAACUGCUCCUCAACCACCAGCUCCAGCACAUUAAUGACAAGCCCUUCCGCUGCAGCCUGUGCGCCUAUGCUACUGUCCGCGAGGACUUCCUGCUCUCCCACGUGGCUGUCAAGCACACAGGAGGGAAGCCGUUUGCCUGUGAGUUCUGCCACUUCACCACCAAGCACAAGAAGAACCUGCGCCUCCACAUCCAGUGCCGCCACAUGGAGAGCUUUGAGGAGUGGCUGCAGCGCCACCCAGAAGAGCCCCCCUGCCGCCGCCGGCCUUUCUUCACCCUCCAGCAGAUUGAGCAGCUGAAGCAGCAACACAACCAAAGUCAGGGGUCUGUGGAGGCCACUGCGCCCAGUCCACCCGUUGCCUUCCAAAUGGUUCAGGCCACCCCGGAUCUGCCAGAGCCCCCCGUCUCUUCCCAGGAGGCCCUGGAGGGGACCACCAUCAUCUACGAGCCAGAUGUGGAGGGCUCCGCUGAACUGGCCACACGGACAGCACUGGACCUACUGCUGAGCAUGAGCGGCCAGCGUGAGCUGCCCACCAGCACACUAGAGGUGGCCGUGGUGAAGGCGGACAGCUUGGCCAAAGGUCCAGAGUCCCAGGGGGAGCCAGAGGGAGAGGUGCCCCAGACCCAGGUGCUGACGCUGCACGUGACGGAGCAUCACGAGGCCCUGGUGCAGGAGGCCUAUGAGGACGCAGUGCUGAGCAGCCCCUCUGAGAUCCAGCAGGUCACCAUCCCCUUCAGCCACGCCUCAGAGUACAGCAUCAUCACCCCAAGAGAGGAGGAGGAGGAGGCUGCUGUUGGCAGCACGUUCUACAGAGAAGGGGAGGAAGAGGAGGAGGAGAUGGAGCAGAGCCCCAGUGAGGCCGUGCAGUCUGUGAUCAAGGACAUGAUGACCCCUGGCAGCAGUCAUGCGCCCGAGAGCCACCUCCAGUCCUCCCCGCCUUCUGCUAAGCAGAUGGACGGAGAUCCUGCAGAGGCCCAAGGCAGCAUCCGGUGGCCACUGGUCCAGUGCCUGGCCUGGCAGGCCCACAGGGCUGUGGCACUGGCAUCGGGGGAUCAGGAGGUGGCCCCUGCCAAGGCUGGGGUGCCCCCACUGCCCCAAUCCCCCACGGCCAAGCAAGCCUCGUGCAGAUCUGCUGGCCCCAAGAAGGUCCUAAGCAAAGGCGCCUCGGCCAAGACCUUCUCCUGCAAGAUCUGCACAGCCGCCUUCACCGGCCGAGCCGAGAUGGAGAGCCACAAGCGAGCCCAUGUUGGACCCAGCGCCUUCAAGUGUCCCGAUUGCCCCUUCACAGCAGCUGCCUGGACCGAAGUCCGGAGCCACAUGGGUCAGCAUGCCAGCCUCCGACCCCACAAGUGCCAGCACUGCAGCUUUGCUUCCAAGAACAAGAAGGACCUGCGCCGACACAUGCUGACCCACACCAAUGAGAAGCCCUUUGCGUGCCACAUCUGCGGGCAGAGAUUCAACCGCAAUGGGCACCUGAAAUUCCACGUCCAGAGGCUGCACCGGUCAGAAGGGAAGCCGGAAGCUGAGCUGCCCCCCACUGCCGCCCAGACAAUCAUCUUGAACAGUGAUGAGGAGGCGUUGGCCACCCUGAAGACUCUGCAGUCCAGUCAGGCUGUGCUAGCACCUGAGCGACUCCAGCAGGCUCUGGGGCAGGAGCACAUCAUCAUGACGCAGGAGCAGAGCACCACCGGCCAGGAUGAAGCCACCUACAUCCAGGAGAUCAUGACAACGGCAGAUGGGCAGAUGGUGCAGCACCUGGUGACGGCAGAGAAUCAGGUCCAGUACAUCAUCACCCAGGAUGGUGUCCAGCCCCUUCUCCCCCACGAAUAUGUGGUCCUGCCCGAGGGUCACCACCUCCAGGUCCAGGAUGGACAGAUCACCCACAUCCAGUAUGAACAAAGUGGACAGUUUCUGCAGGAGUCCCAGAUCCAGUAUGUCCCAGUGUCACCAGGACAGCAGCUUGUCACUCAGGCUCAACUGGAAGCAGCAGCUCACUCGGCGGUGACAGCGGUGGCUGACGCAGCCAUGGCCCAAGCACAAGGCCCAUUCAGCGCCGACGCAGCCACGGACCAGAUCCACCAGCUGCAACCGGGAGUCCACUACGACAUCAUCACGGUGGCAGAGUAGCCAUCACCUCCUCCCUUGACCAGCAUGGACCAGUCUCCUGGUUGCAUCAGAGGAGUAUCAGUGACAUCGGGACUGGCGCCCUGUCCAGACCGGCCGUACCUUCGGACAUUUCUCAGCAUGUGGCACAGCUGGUGUCCUUUUCGCUUUGGGUGGCAUCAGUCUUUUGGGCAAUGGGCCGUAGCCUGUGAACUGGCAGGGUUUGCCCUGUCCUACCCUGGCUGUGGGCAACUGGACCCAGAAAGAGAGACUUUUUUUGGCAGAUACUAUGCACGGAGAGGAGCCCCCCUCCUCCGAGGGUCAGUUCCCUUAUGGGCUUGGAGGGAAGUUGGUGGUCAGCCUUGGGUGAUCUUCCCAAUAAAAUAAAGGCAGCAGCAUGUGAGAGUGA